AAUCAAGAAAGUAAAAUAAACGACCAAAAAUUGAGAUUCUUGUAAAUAACGUAAAAAUUCAAUUGUAUCACUUUUGACUUAAUUUCCAGUACAUACGAGAGUUGUGAUUAUUAUAUAAACAACACAAUUUUCCAUGUUUUUAUAGACAAGAAAGAAAGGAAUUAUUAGAAUGUGCAUAGCAGUGUUUAUUUGGCAAGCAGACAGUAGAUAUUCAUUAGUGUUGUUGUUGAACAGAGAUGAAUAUCACAAUAGGCCAACAAAGGCAGUUCAUUGGUGGGAAGGUGGAGAUCAAAUAGUUGGUGGUAAAGAUGAAGUUGGUGGUGGUACUUGGUUAGCUUCUUCAACAAAUGGUAAAUUGGCUUUUCUUACUAAUGUUUUGGAACUUCAUACAAACCCUCAGGCCAAAACUAGAGGUGAUUUACCUGUUCGCUUUCUUCAGAGCACAAAAAACCCAAUGGAGUUUGCAAAGGAGUUGGUGAAUGAAGGGAAUGAAUACAAUGGAUUUAAUUUAAUUUUAGCAGAUAUUGAAACUAAGAAAAUGGUGUAUAUAACAAACAGGCCCAAAGGGGAGCCCAUGGCUAUACAAGAAGUCCAACCAGGUAUACAUGUGCUGUCCAAUGCAAAAUUGAACUCACCUUGGCCCAAGGCUCAAAGAUUGAAAUUGAAUUUCAAGAAAAUGUUGGAGGUAUAUCGGGUGAAUGAUGAAAAUAUUUGUGUCAGAGAGAUGAUAGAAAAGUUGAUGAGAGACACCACCAGAGCUGAGAAAAGCAAAUUGCCUCGUAUUUGUUCUACAGACUGGGAGUUGGGACUUAGCUCCAUAUUUGUACAAGUCGACACACAGCUGGGGUGUUAUGGUACAAGAAGUACAACAGCAUUGACAAUUGAAGUGGGAGGAAAAGUAAGCUUUUAUGAGUUGUACCUUGACAACAACUUGUGGAAAGAGCAAAUUGUCAACUAUUGGAUUGAAAAACUCCAAAUUCAAUAGAUGUUGAAUUUUACACACACACACUAUAUAUACAUAUAUAUUCUUGUAAUCAAUCAAGAAUAGUCAUUUUAUUUUUAAUGAUCAUUCCCAAUAGUGUGAAAUCCAUGCAAAUUUCUAGAGAGGAAAUUGUACUACAUCUUGGAGUUGCAAGAUAUUAAUAAUAAUGUUAUUUCGAUUCA